CACUGGGGAAGCUCAACUUCAUCAUACGUACCUGGUCCAGCUCUCGGCCGGUGCCCGCAGCGACUGACUCGAGACACUCCCGUCUCCAUCCACAACCUCCUCCACCGAACAUCCACCAUGUACCCUUCAAGAUUGCGGGUGGCCCAUCAGCUGUCGCGCCAAUGCGCGCGCUCAUUCACCACUUCUGGCCAUCAAUUGUAUUCGUCGUCGACCGUUCCGGCGCCUGAGAAGAGUGAACAGAAGACUGUCGAAGUUACGCCGACAGGACCGGCCGCCGUCGUGAAGCAGGCUCCCAACCGCGCGGAGGUCUGGUCCCGGAGUCAGAAGCCCCGCUCCGAGGCCAUGACCGGCCCCCGUUUCGAGCAGACUAACUUUGAUCUCCAGCCUCAACCAUGGGCCGCCAUAGAGCUUAUCCACAAGCAGCCUGUCAAGUGGGUGCAUGAGCGUAUCGUGGCAUGCGAUGGCGGUGGUGGCCCUGCUGGUCACCCCAAGAUUUACAUCAACACCGACAAGCCUGAGAUUGCCACCUGCAACUACUGUGGACUUCCUUUCGCAAAUGAACACAACCGUAAACACCUCGAGUCCCUCCCCCAGACCUCCUACCCCCUUCAAUAAAGGAGAGCGAGCCAGCCGCAGUCGGAUUGACGUCGAGUGUGAAAAUGUACCACGGUACCAGUCCGUGAUGAAGGUCAAACAGGGACCUGUACAUAUAGAACUGAAUAAUGACGGAAUGGAAUUUUAAUCGCUUCAAGGGGCACAAAGUAAGCCCGUACUGAUUCGAUUUGCUAGACAGCUACAAUGCAAUCUCAUGAGCCGGU